AUGAAUCCUAAACAGUAAACAGUUAACAUUCAUACGACAUAUUUCAUAAAACUGCCUAAACAAAUACAGUACACAUGGCUUACUCUAGUUAUUAAUUAUUAUAACUAAUAAUUAUUAAUCAAUACUAUAGCACCGUUAUUAAUGGUACAAUAUUAUGGUUCCGUGCUCUGAUCGAACAAUAAAAUAGUACUAUAGAUGGUGUUAUGGUUUUUUGACAAACUUUUGAGGUACCUAGGUCAUUAUUUCGUUUGUUUGUAGUUCUUGACAGAUAAAGAGAAAAAAAGUAAUUGUUAUACACGGACGGUCGACGAUACUGAAGUUAGUUUACCAUACUAACUUGUAUAAUCUCAGCUGGAUAUUCUGUUUUUUUUUCACGAUAUUACGAUAUUUUGUAUUAUUUUAUCGAGUGUAAAAUUGGAAAUAUUGUUUGAUAAUUCAAAAAUCGUUGUUGGAUAAUCAUAUAUUUUACCACGAUGUUUAAUGGGAAUUUGGCCUGUAAAGAGAUUGUCCUCAAUCAGCUGUUCUCUGCAUCUCGUCUGUUUUACUUAAAUAAAUUGUUAAGCAAGUCAUCUUCGUCAAUUGAACAUAUUUUAAAGUCUGUCGAUAAGAGUGAAUAUGUAAGAUAUAAAUUUCCAAAAUGCAUAAACAAUUUAGUUGACAUUAAACAACAACAAUUUGAUUCUUCAUUUACCAUUGUACCAGACAUUGUGUCCGUUCACGAAGAGUCACAACUGAUUGAUGAAAUAGAAAAAUCAUUGAAACGUCUACGUUAUCAACAUGAUCAUUGGGAUGAUGCCAUACAUGGAUACAGGGAAACAGAAAUCAUCACAUGGAAAAAUCAAAACAAUUCAAAUGUGAUACAAAAGCUCAGAAAUAGAGUAUUUGCUGAAUCAAUCACAGAACAAAUGCAGAGAGUUCAUGUACUUGAUUUAUGCGACAAAGGUUAUGUCAAACCACAUAUAGAUAGUAUACGAUUCUGUGGAAAUAUAAUUGCUGGCUUGAGCUUACUGUCCGACUCUGUCAUGCGUUUAGCUGAUGAAAAACAUCCAGACACCUAUGUAGUGUAUGCUCUAUUACCUCGCCGAUCAUUAUAUAUUAUGAAGGAUUCAGCUCGAUACCAAUACACCCAUGAAAUAUUGAGUGAUGGUGCAGCGUCUGUGUUCAGUGAUAGACAGAUUGUACGGGAACGAAGAGUAUCAAUAGUAAUGAGAAAUGAGCCACCGGUUGAGGCUGUGAAAUAAUUCAAUAAUCAUAUUAGUUAAUCAAGAUUUACUUGGGUUAUUUUAUUAUUUAAUAUGAUAUCUCAGGUACCAAAAUCUGUUAUAUUUACAAAACUAUUUAUUUUCUGUUAAUAAAAAUAUAUUAUAAAAAAUGUUAAAUGUUAUUUACAGCCAACCCUCAAUAUUUCAAACAUUUGAUAAUUUAAAGUAAAUAUAAAAUGUAGGUCUCUUGAGAAUCGAAAAUCUCUUAGUAGUUUGAAGUAAAAAUUAAUUUAAGUACACUUGAAGAAAAAUAUAGGGAAAACCAAGCUGCCAAUUCAUGACAAAUCUAAGUAUGUUCUACUGUACUGUCUGAAAUUUAAAGUUGUUUCAUGACAAUUAAGAGUUAAAAGUGUUCAUUAUAUACUAUACUAUUAUUAUUAUAUUAAAGUUAUAUAUUAUAUAAUCAAUACAUAGUAUAAAAUGAAGUCACUUUUUAUUGUUUGGGAUAAACUCUUAAACGGCUUGAUCGAUUUGACUGAUUCUUUUUUUGUUGUGUUCAGUAAUUGUCAGGACAAGGUUUGUACAAAAGACAAUUUUAAGAAAUCUGGAUGGCAAAAACAAUGAUUGAAAAUAAUUGUAGACCUGUAUUUGGUCAUAACCAUGGUAUUCUUAACCUUAUUUUUCGACCAUUCUCCUGGGAACCUAAACAUGCACAUCUUAAACACUGUGGCACCCAACAUGUUAAUAAUAUAUUCGUAAUUACGUAUGCACCUCACACCUACCUGAAAAUAUACUGUUCACAUAAUCACAAGUGUGUCUCACAAUCGGGAUAACUAUAAUAUAAUAUUAUCGAAUGUGUUCUGACUGAUCAAAGUUUAAAUCAUAUAGAGUUGACAUUUUUAACAGGCAUUGAAGUUCACGGGAUUAGGUAGGUAUUAUAAUAAGAUUAUCUCAAAUAUAUUUACAUAUAAAAAAAACAAAUAUUUGUCUCGAGUGGGACAACUAGUACUAUAUACAUAUAUAGUAUUAUUAUUAUAUUAUACUAUUAACUAUUAAUUAUUAUAAACAUGUCUCGUUUUUCCGAGCCCCCCCCCCCCCCCAAUUAUUUACAUACAUAUUUUAUAAUUUAUCUUCAUAGAUUGACAUGGUCAAAGGUGUUUAAUAAUAUUAUACUAUAUUGUUUUACGUAUUACAUCCUGUAUCAUUUAUUAUAUUAUAUAAUUUAGUGUUACAUUAUCAAUAUACAUUAACAAUUUGCAUUUUUCAAAA